UCGACGGGUGUAGAGUCGUCUCGGCAAGCAGAAGAUUGCAAUCGUGCGUAAUAAGAGACAGCGCAAUGGCAAGGCAGUGCCUAAGGAAUAGGUCGAUGUUGGGACCAGAUGAACACUGGGGGACCUAUUCUACUCUUGCUGUUCUUAUGGCUUCUUUAGCUGUCACUGCUGCUGUUACAGCUACCGGACCCACCAGGAUGGAAACGUCGAUGUGUGCCAAGACUGACCCGUUAGCAGUGUGCAUGGUGAAGCAAGCCCAGUGCGCGCCCCUGGACGGACUGUUGGCACCCUUACUAGGCACACCUGACCUCAUCACAGCGUGUGCUAACACAACAGGUGUACCACUCAAAUCUGAUUUCUACUCUAGCAUUGGUAAGGCUGUGGUGACCGGUGUUCCCAGCAGCCUAGGAAAGAGGCCAACUUCUGAUCCCGUAGCCAACCUGGUCAUCAGGCGCUGUGUUCUCAACGCUACCGACAUGCUGGCAGCAGAUGGUACCCUUGACCGCAGUGUCGUGGUGACGCAGGUGGCACUCCUGUCGCCUCCGGACCUGGGUGCCGCCGUGGCCGUCGCCGCCACCACCUGCCCGGAGCCCGUCUCCUACCAGACCUCGGGAUUUAUCCAGUGCCUCAAGAAAGCCUGCGUGGCCAGUGCUCCUGGACCUGCCAGUGCUCCUGGACUUGCCAGUUCUCUCACCUCCUCUGUGGAUUACUAG